UCAUUGAGCUUGUACGAUUUGUCUAAUAGUCGCCUUGUUAGAUUCAAGUUUAGACGCAGAUAUAAAACUCAGAGGUGGCAGCUCAAUGGAGGAGAGUACUGGAGCCGAGUCCUCUAAUGGAAAUGAGGCUCGAUUAGCUUCUGACCAAACCACUAAUCUUGACCUUGCUGAGGUGAAUGAAGAUGAAAAAGAGGAUAACCUAGAAGAAGAUGGAAUCAAAGCUGAGGCUUCAACAAAGAAGAAAAAGAAGAAAAGUAAAAGCAAGAAGAAGAAGAAGUAUCUUCGUCAAACUGAUCCACCUUCAAUUCCUGUUACUGAGCUCUUCCCUUCUGGAGAAUUUCCUGAAGGUGAAAUCCAACAGUACAAGGAGGAUAAUUUGUGGAGAACAACAUCUGAAGAGAAGAGAGAGAUGGAGAGGCUGCAAAAGCCGAUAUACAACUCUCUUCGCCAAGCAGCAGAAGUUCACCGUCAAGUUAGGAAGUAUAUGAGAAGCAUAAUGAAGCCUGGAAUGUUGAUGAUUGAUAUCUGUGAGACCUUAGAGAACACAGUUCGUAAGUUGAUAUCAGAGAAUGGUCUUCAAGCUGGUAUCGCCUUCCCUACAGGAUGUUCUCUGAAUAAUGUCGCUGCUCACUGGACACCAAACUCUGGAGAUAAGACUGUCCUUCAGUAUGAUGAUGUGAUGAAGUUGGAUUUUGGAACACAUAUUGAUGGGCACAUUGUUGAUUCUGCUUUUACUGUUGCAUUCAAUCCUAUGUUUGAUCCUCUCUUAGCAGCCUCCCGUGAAGCAACAUAUACCGGUAUCAAGGAAGCCGGGAUCGAUGUCCGGCUUUGUGAUGUUGGUGCUGCAAUUCAGGAAGUCAUGGAGUCUUAUGAAGUAGAGAUCAAUGGAAAAGUAUACCAAGUCAAAAGUAUCAGAAACCUGAAUGGCCACAGCAUCGGACGCUAUCAGAUACAUGCUGAAAAAUCUGUUCCUAACGUUAGAGGAGGAGAGCAGACAAAGAUGGAAGAGGGUGAAUUAUAUGCCAUAGAAACUUUUGGAUCGACCGGGAAAGGAUUUGUGAGAGAUGACUUAGAAUGUAGCCAUUACAUGAAAAACUUUGAAGUGGGUCACGUUCCACUGAGGUUACCUAGAGCGAAGCAACUCCUUGCCACCAUUAACAAGAACUUCUCCACUCUAGCCUUCUGCAGACGCUAUUUGGACCGUCUUGGUGAAACCAAAUACUUAAUGGCUUUAAAGAAUCUGUGUGAUUCUGGCAUAAUUGAGUCAUGCCCUCCACUGUGUGAUGUGAAAGGAAGCUAUAUUUCUCAGUUUGAGCAUACGAUCUUGUUGCGGCCAACUUGCAAAGAGAUUAUUUCCAAAGGAGAUGAUUAUUAAAAUGGCGAUUUUCUCAAAACUUAGAGAAGAAAAGCUUCUGGCAAAUGUUUUGUUGUUCGUGUAUACGCUACUUUCCGUUAACUUGUUUGUAAAAUUUAACAAAAGAUAUUAGUUUCUCCAUUUGAGACAUGUAUCGGCCAUUUUCCCUUAAUAAUGCAAGAAAGACUAUA